AUGACGAGCAACACCCUGCCGUCUGGGGAGCGACGAUCCAGUCUACGGGAUACGCCCGCCCGUUCUGAGAAUGUGAUAGGCACCGGCGAUCGCAACACGAUGAUGUGCGAGGCUGAAAUCCAGGCACUGCGGACUCAUGUCAGUGAGAUGCAGACCACUCUCACCAGCACCGCACGGGGUGUGGCCCAGCAAAGCAUCGCACUAUGGGAUCUGCAACGCGAUAACAAGGGGCUAGACGAUAGGUUAAGCGCCCUGACCGAGGCACAAAUAAAGUCCACGAUUGCGAGCGCUGAAGAGCAGAUUGAGAUCGGGAUCCUCAAAGCCCGCGUGGAUGCCUUGGAGAUGGAGCGCGCUGAAGGCGAAGGACUGAUUAACGUGUUCAAGAAGCACCACGAGGAUGUUAUGAGCCAGCUCGCACGUGCGGACAUGGCUAUGAAGCGUCAGCAACAGCAAUUCCUCCGCCUUGCGACCGUUAGGUAUAACGAUCAGCUUGACUACUUUCCGGUCUCUGGGGGAGAGGCCAGCCACGACGCUGGAGAGCAGGACCAGAUUCAUGCCCCGAAACAGCACCGUCGAACAACCGAGUCGAGACCCAGGCGAAAGGGAUAUAGCAAAGGCCGACCUAUACGAGAUGCUCAUAACCCUGACCACUUGGGGAGGAAAGGUCGUUCGAAGGGCGAAGGCGAAGCUCCACGACGAAUUCCUAUACAGAGCAGGCCCAGGACGAAGCAUUUUCGACCAUUCGACAGCCCCCCGAGUGUAUAG